AAGGGGGUGCAUGUGAUUGAUGUACUUGAUAGACUUACAUGAAAACUGAACAAUGAAACCUGUUGAGAUUGGUUUAAGUUGGGGAGGGGAGGAUGAGGAGGAGUGAUGGUAGAGGUGAAGCUAACCAAGGUAUACUAUAUACAUGGAAAUGUCACAAUGAAACCCCCAAUACAACUAAUAUAUGCUAAUAAAAAUGUUACAUCAAAAAUUAUAGGGAAUUCCAAAAAGCUUUUGUUCAUGAGUUAUACUUACUAAUAUGUACUAGCUGGCACUUGAGAUGUAUCUCAGUGGUAGAACACUUGCCUAGCAUGUGCAAGGUUCUGGGUUCAAACCCCAAAACAAGAAAAAAAAUUACUAUAUUGGAAAUUAAAGCCACAUCAUCUUAAUGUGUAUUUAUUUAAACAAAAUAACCAAAUUACACAUCAGCAUAAAUUAUAUUUUCCAAAAAAAGAGUGAAAAGAGGUAAGUCAAUUUUCAUUUUUAUAAGACAAGUUGUCUGAAUUGUCAUGUCUACUGCUACAAUCAAUACACUGUAUUGCCCUCUUUUGGUCAAAGUACAAGAAGAAAAUCUGGCUUCAUAGAAAUACACAGGUGGACAGAACCGGAAGCAACACGCAGACCUCUUCCCUUUUGCAACCAUCGCCGGAGCGGCAGCAGCCAAAAUGAAGUUCAAUCCCUUUGUGACUUCUGACCGAAGCAAGAACCAUAAAAGGCAUUUCAAUGCACCAUCCCACAUUCACAGGAAGAUUAUGUCUUCCCCUCUUUCCAAAGAGCUAAGACAGAAGUACAAUGUUCGAUCUAUUCCCACCCGAAAGGAUGAUGAAGUUCAGGUUGUGCGAGGGCACUAUAAAGGUCAGCAGAUUGGCAAAGUUGUCCAGGUUUACCGGAAGAAAUACAUCAUCUACAUUGAGCGGGUACAGCGGGAAAAGGCUAAUGGCACAACAGUACAUGUGGGCAUUCACCCCAGCAAGGUGGUUAUCACCAGGCUAAAACUGGACAAAGACCGAAAAAAGAUCCUGGAACAGAAAGCCAAAUCUCACCAAGUUGGAAAAGAAAAGGGCAAAUAUAAGGAAGAAACAAUUGAGAAGAUGCAAGAAUAAAGUAGUCUUAUAUACAACUUACAUU